UACAAAUACAUACAUACAUAUACAAUGUCGACACCAAUGGCAUCAAAGAAGGAGUCUAUUCUUGACUUGCAGAAGUUCAUAGGAAAAGGAUUAAGCGUCAAGUUUACAGGUGGUCGUGAAGUACAAGGUAUAUUGAAAGGAUAUGAUCCUCUGGUCAACAUAACAUUGGAUCAAUGCGAAGAGUUUAUCAGAGAUCCAAAUGACCCAUUGAAUGUCACAAGCGAGAAGAGAUAUCUAGGUUUAGUUGUUUGUAGAGGAAGCAGUGUGAUGAUGGUCUGUCCAAUGGAAGGAUGCGAGGAGAUUGAGAACCCUUUCCUUCAAGAG